AAACGUGUUCCUUGCUCAACUCUUGAAAAAUAUAACUACUAUUGACAGUGUACAGUGUACUCUCUAAUGCUUGUGAAAUACUCUGUGACUAUUUGUGUGUUUGGAUUUAUGUGGUGUUUUAGUGCGUCUGUCUUAACUGUUGUGAAGUGCGAUGCUAAAAAAUUAGUUGCGUAAAGAUCAAAGUGAAAGGAGAGAUGGUCAGGGUGCGGAGGCGCGUCGGCGCUCGAGUGACCUAGGCGAUGCGCCGACCCCACCAUUGACAACACCAUGCCAGCGCCGCUAGCCGCUUACAUUACAUUGCUCACCGUCGUAUGGCUUUGUGUAAUCGCGGAUGAGAUCCCAUCAGCGGUCCCGCGGUCCAACAGCACGUCGGUGCCAGCGGACCCGCGCUCGCCUGUGGGCCGCGUGCCGCCGUACCAGCCGCCGGCCGGCCCCGGGCCCGUGCCCGGCUACCGGCCUCACAACCCGUACACGAGAGUGGAGCCAUGGCACCAACGACCAUCGAUAUUCGAUAGAAACGCGGACAUCAUAGCGGAAGACAUCGAUCACGAAGAAGACGAUGGUGGCUGCAAUGUUCCGUGUCCGAAGGAGAACUUCUCCUGUCAGAUCUCAUGCACCUGCAUCUCCAUGGAGAAGCGUUGCGAUGGCGUCGCAGACUGCGCCGAGGCGGAGGACGAGGCCGGCUGCACGCGCUCUUGCGACGAGCACGAGAAUAGGACCCUGUGCCAUACCACCAACGUCUGCAUAGCCGUCGACUGGCUCUGCGAUGGAGAUAACGACUGCGGGGACUUCUCUGAUGAGACGCACUGUGGUGGCACAACCAACUGCACGGCCGACCAAUUCACGUGCGCCAACGGCCUCUGCAUCCACAAAGACUGGCUGUGCGACGGAGACGACGAUUGUCGUGACAACUCGGACGAGACCAACUGCACCAAAGACAAAUGCAGAGAGAAUCAAUUCACAUGUGCCACCGGUGAGUGCAUCCCAUCGCACUGGCGUUGCGACAAGGAAGCUGAUUGCCCUGAGAACUCCGACGAGGUUGACUGUCCUUUGGACUUAAUACGCUGCGCCGAAGCAGAGUUCCAAUGCGACAACAAGAAGUGCAUUCGCAAAGACUUCCAAUGUGACGGUGACAACGAUUGCGGCGACUGGACCGACGAGGACUUCUGCCCGAUGAUGCCGGGUAGCUGUAAUGCUGGAGAGUUCAAGUGCAGCGACGGCAAAUGUAUCCCAGAGCGAUGGCGCUGUGACACCGAGCGGGACUGCUCAGACGGAGGUGACGAGCUCAACUGCGAACAUGGCAUGCGGAACUGCACUAGUGACGAGUACACAUGCGCUGAUAGGCGAUGCAUCUUGAAAACAUGGCUUUGCGAUGGCGUCCGAGACUGCUCAAAUGGCGAAGACGAAAUGCACUGCCAAGUAUUUUGCGAAGAAGACCAAUACACAUGCGCAACUCAGGAGCAUCUCAUCAGCAGCGCGUUUCGAAACUGCGUGAAUAGAAAACAUGUGUGCGACGGUAUGAAGGAUUGCCCGAAGGGUGACGACGAGGAAAAGUGUCCAACGAAGAGGAAGUGCGGGCCAGAGGACAAAUGUGAGAAGCAAUGCAUCACUACUCAUGAUGGACGCCCUGCGUGUGCUUGUCCUUUGGGUUUCUUGUUGGCUGAUGAUGGUUUUAGUUGCCGCGACAUUGACGAAUGCAUGUACGAGCAAGAUCCCGUCUGCUCCCAAACAUGUUCUAACACGGUGGGUAGUUUCCAGUGCGGAUGUAUGACAGGGUACGUCCUUCGCCCUGAUGCCCGGUCUUGCAAACCUACGGGAGAGUCACCAACCCUGCUGUUUUCGAAUCGCAUUGGAAUUAAACAGGUUUGGCUUACCGGCGACAACUACAUGUCUGUGGUAAAAGGCCUUCAUAAUGCAGUAGCAUUGGACUAUCACUAUGAAAAACAGCUAGUUUUUUGGACUGAAAACAAUCUGAGAGUCAUACGUGUGGCACAAAUGAACAACAAUAAUAUUACAGAUGUCAUAAGGUGGGGUUUGGAAACACCAGGCGGCGUUGCAGUAGACUGGAUCCAUGAUCUAAUAUUUUGGACGGACUCGGGAACAAGACGUGUUGAAGUAGCUACUUUAGAAGGGCUGCAACGGGCGGUGAUAGCAGCCAACGAUUUGGAUAAACCGAGGGCUAUAGCCGUUCAUCCUGGAGAUGCUUUGGUGUUUUGGACCGAUUGGGGUCCUAAUCCAAAAAUUGAGCGAGCUGACAUGGACGGAAAUAAUCGUAAGAGCGUCAUCGUGAGUCAGAUUUUCUGGCCCAAUGGCCUGACUAUUGACUACAUUGAAUCAAAGAUAUACUGGGCGGACGCAAAGCACCAUGUUAUAGAAAGUUCAUCUUUCGAUGGGAGAAAUCGGAGACGGAUCACGAACAAAGGAUUGCCCCAUCCAUUUGCACUGACGAUGUUUGAAGACGCAAUUUAUUGGACGGACUGGCACACAAAGAGUAUAUCCACCGUCAAUAAGAGGACUGGAAGGGGAAUACAAACUGUCCACGCUGGAUUAAAUGCUCCUAUUGAUAUUCAUAGUUAUCACCCGUUGCGCCAACUGAGGACGUAUAAGAACCGUUGCGGUCGAAAUAAUGGCGGGUGCUCUCAUCUGUGCCUCCCCAACAGCAAUGGCUACUCGUGCCGAUGCCCCGUGGGCUUCAAUUUGAAUUCUGACGGACGAACGUGCGAAGAGUCUCCGGAAAAACUUAUACUGUAUGCCCAAAAGAAAGAUAUCAGAUUAAAACAAUUAUACCCACGCAAGCAAAUGUAUUCCUUAGACAUGGUCAUACCGGUGGACCAUAUCAAAUCGGCGAUGGCUUUGGACUGGGAUCAUAACAGCAAUUCAAUAUUCUGGACCGAUGUUGAUAAAGAUACAAUCAAUCGAGCUUAUUUGGAUGGGUCCAAUCAGACGGUUGUUGUCGGCUCGAAUUUAAUUUCUCCUUGUGGCUUGGCAUAUGACUGGUUAACUGACAAGUUAUAUUGGACAGACGCUGGAACUAACCGAAUUGAGGUAGCGAAUGCUAACGGCAGCAUGAGAACGCUUUUGGCGUGGGAUAAAAUUGACAAGCCGAGAGAUAUCGUACUGGAUCCUAAAGGAGGGGUGAUGUAUUGGUCGGACUGGGGUCUGAGCCCCUGCAUUGAACGCGCGGACAUGGACGGCGGGAACAGGCAACGUAUAAUCACCGGCAACGACAUGGUAUGGCCCAAUGGUUUAGCGUUGGACCUUGAACGACAGCGCAUCUACUGGACAGACGGAGGCAAUAAAACCAUUCAAUAUGCUCGUUUCGAUGGCACUGGAAGAACUGUUUUGAUAGGGCAAGACCUUUCCCAUCCGUUCGGACUGGACUUAUACGGGAAUGAGGUGUUUUGGACAGAUUGGGACACACAGUCCAUACAAGCUGCUAAUAAGCUCACUGGAAACAACAGAAGAACCCUUGGAUCUGGCGUUGCUGGUAUCAUGGACGUCAGGGUUUUCCAUAAGGAAAGGAUCAGCGAAGCUAAUCACUGCACCAAAAACAAUGGAGGCUGCUCUCAUUUAUGCUUGCUCAAGCCAAGGGGUCGUUCGUGCGCUUGUCCCAUUGGAAUUAAAUUAAGCAAGGACGGUAAAACCUGCACCAACGGCCCAAUAAACUUCCUUAUCUUUGCCCACCGAACCGACAUCCGCGUGAUUUCGCUGGACGUGCCGUACCAGAUAGACGUUGUGCUGCCCUUGCCACCGCUGAAGAACGCGCUUGGAGUGGAUGUUGACCAAAAGACUGGUCUCAUAUACUGGACUGACACCGCGGAGAGGAAAAUCCAACGUUCUAAUAAAGUGGGCGAGAAUAUCGAAACAAUUAUUGGCAAAGGUCUUCAUACAGCAGAUGGUAUCGCGAUUGAUUCCAGCGGCAGGAAGAUUUAUUGGACUGAUGGCGGUCGUAACAGUAUAGAGGUCGCUGAGUUAGAUGGAAGCAAUAGAAAGGUUCUAGUGUGGACUGGGCUAGAUUCUCCAAGAGCAAUUGCUUUACACUAUAAUCUGGGAUAUAUGUUUUGGUCGGACUGGGGCACAUCAGCUAAAAUUGAAAGAGCGGAUAUGGAUGGCAAAAACAGGCGUGUUAUUGUCGACAACGACAUUAAAUGGCCGAACGGCUUAGCCGUCGAUCGUGUGGAAGGUCGUCUCUAUUGGAACGACGCUAAAGUCUAUACCAUUCAGACUUCCGACUUCAGUGGUAACGACCGACGCACCAUUCUGUAUAAAGUUCAAUAUCCCUACGGCAUCGUGAUCGUAGGUCCGUAUAUUUACUGGACGGACUGGAAAACGGAAGCAUUGCAUAGAGCUAAUAAGACAAAUGGGAAUGAUUCGAUCAUGAUUAGAGAGAACUUGAAAGGUUUAAUGGAUAUUCGAGCAGUUCAGAGUGAACAUCUCAUGAAAAGCUCAUGCGGUCCCAACAAUGGAGGUUGUUCCCACCUGUGUCUCCGUUCACCGGAAGGAUAUUCCUGCGCUUGCCCCACCGGUAUCUUAUUCGAAAACCAAACAGAACAACACCCAAAGAAGUGUAAGAAACACCCAGACAAUUUCCUCGUGUUCGCGACAAGAGGAAGCGUUGCGUUCAUAUCGUUGGACACUCCAGAACAGUGGGACGUUACGCUUCCAGUCAAAGACGUCCAGAAUUCUAUUGCAGUUGAUUUUCAUUGGGACAGAAAACUAAUAUUCUUUACUGAUGUAGAAAAGAACGUUAUAAGAUCUAUUAAUAUGCUGAACAUGAGUGAUACGAAAGUAGUAGUAAAGAAAAGAUUGGAAACACCCAAUGGUCUAGGCGUCGAUUGGAUAGCCGACAAUAUUUACUGGACGGACAAUGAGUAUAAGGUGAUCGAAGUAGCAAGAUUGGAUGGUUCCUGUCGAAAAAUCUUGAUUAAUGACCUUACAGAACCAAGAGCGAUAGCAUUAUUCCCCGCUAAAGGUUACUUGUACUGGAGCGACUGGGGCGAACAUCCUAGCAUUCAACGAGCUUACUUGGACGGCACCCAGAGAACUGUGAUCGUAAAUAAAGACCUAGGGUUCCCCAACGGCAUCACAAUAGAUUUUAAGGAUCGGCGAUUGUACUGGACCGACGCUUUGAAGGACAGAAUCGAUACGUCAGAUUUGCACGGUAACCACAGAGUGCAGUUGAUACCAGAUGCUAAACAUCCCUUUGGUAUGACACAGUUCAACGACUACAUCUACUGGACAGACUGGUUCAAAAAGUCUGUAAUGCGAGCCGACAAGAAGACAGGAAAGAACGUCACAGCGCUGCGAACUGACUUAGAAAUGGCGAUGGAGAUAAAAGCCGUGACGUCAGAGAAACAGCGCGGGUGGAACCCAUGCAAGGAGAAUAAUGGCGGUUGCUCGCACCUGUGCCUUUUCAAGGGACACGAUUACAUCUGCGCCUGUCCGGAUGAAGCGGACUUAAGACCCUGUGACACAAUCCCAAGUCCCAAGGUGGACAUAAGUGUGCGACCAUACUCUGACUACGACAUAGACCCGGAAGACUUCGACCGACGCCCCCCAGCGCCCACGCAAGUCCCCGACACGAGCGUCAUGGGCAUCUUGCUGGUUGUUUUCGGGAUUCUGGUCUUCGUCAUCUUGGUUGUAGUUGUCCUGGGUAUUGUGUGCGUAAAACUAAAACGGGAGCACGGCGGCGAACUGAAGGAGAACUACCGAGAAUCUGGCGGUCACAUCUCUUUCCACAACCCGAACUACAACUGCGCCACUGGCGGGCCCGAGCCCUCUGAGCGCAGACCUAACCGGUUCCAAGGCAUCUUCAAAUACGACAAAAGCCAGGAGCGCGUCACAAACGUGUACAUCCCAGAAGGCACCAGCUUGCUACCGCCGCCGCCCCCGCCGCCGCACCGCCAGCCGCCGCGGCCCGCCACGCACGAAGACUUCGAGCCUGUCACAUUGCACUCCUUCGCCUAAGACGAAUAUGAUCAUUUUUAUCUAUUACAUACUGUAGAGAAGCAACAGGUAAACAGAGGUGAAAAUCGGACACAGCUUCAGAUGCAGUGCGAGAAGGGUUUCCUUCGUAUUUUUCCGGAAACGUUCGUAUUUGUCAUGCCAGUUCAGUCAAUGUCAGUAUAUUUUGUACUAAGACUGACUGAAAUAGCAUGACACGUUUGUACGUUUCUGUAACCAUACGAAGGCAAAUCUUUCCGCGAUGGUACGCCUUUAAAUUGGUCAUUUCAUAAUGGCAUUGUCAUCGAUGAAAUGAUUGGCUGGCCACGCCACAAUAAGUAACGUCAAAACAAAACUAUGAAGUGAUCAAUUCUAAAAUGGAAUUGCAUGAAAUGCUCAAAAGCUGGUCACGUGCUCAAAAGUGCUCAUAUGAUAUAAUAUUCGGCUAGAUAUGUUGCAAUAUACCUACAUAUCUACGAAAUAUUUCGCGACAAAAAUAUUUGAAAUCGAAACCAUUAAGUACCUAUUCAUUUAUUCCGAGCUUCCAUGGUACAUUUUAGAUAGUAAUUAACAGUUUAUAACUACAAAUAAUUUCCUUCCAUUUAGUUGUAUCCAAAAAAAUAUGUUGCUUUGUUCAUGACAUUGAAUUCCUUCAUAACAUCAUGUUCGCGUCUGUUCACCUCUCUAUGAGUAAGUGCUCUAAAAAGUUAUCUGGCUCUCCAAUGUACCUUUAAUUAAGUGAAUUGAACACCAUAAUGUUAACAAAAUUAAUUAAUUGAAAGUACUAUAAAAACCUAAAGAAUGAUAUCAAGUACAUUUGAAGCACAAUAGAUUAGAACUUUACUUACCGGCUGGCCAUUUGUAUUAUAUUGUCACGUCGCUUUAAUAGGUACGGUGCACAACAAAUUUACCUUACCGAUGAAUCAAAGUGUUCGAAUGUUAACAUAUUUAGGUACUAGAAAUUUAUGGUUAGGUAGUUCUAUAAAAUCGUUUGUUAUCAUCGAACUUUGUACGCUUUCAGUAUUUGGAUUGCGUGUCUGGAUAAUUGCAAUUGUUUUGUUUAAAGGUAUAUUUUUGUGGAUUGUUUUAGUUAUUUAUGAAUAAACAUGCUGUAGGAUAUGAUAGGGUUUUGUUGACUAGCCGGUCUUACGUGCCUACCUUACAUGUCAAUGGCUACGCUUCGUUGUGUUGCUUAGUCGCUCUCUCUCUCUCUUCCAUCUUAAUGCGAUAGAGACAUUAGCGUGUCGUUUUCUAAGGAGCGUAACUAUUUACAUGUUGGCCAGGCAUCUUGCGUUCCAGAACGCCGCCGCAACGUGUAUUUGUACGGUGUAAAUUAUUUAAAAAUAUCGUCAAGAUUAUCAACACAAUAAUAAGUAUGGCAGCAAAAAUAUUAGGUUCAUUAGAUCCAGGAUUGUAUUGGAAUGUGAACGUAAAUAGUGCAUAGGUCCCUACUGCCGCUGGCUAUAUGGAAAUAUUUGUCAAUUGCAGCUUCUGAAAACAUAAACAAAUAAAGAACAAUUAUAAAUGCUUACUUAUUGAAAAUUCAUGUUACUGUUGUAUAUUUAGUGUUGACACCUUGGUUAUUUCUAGUUUGUGAAGGACUGGCGGUUUUUUUUAAUUUGAUUUGACAAAACUAUAACGUUUAUUAUAAUUAAUAUAAUUACCGUACGUACCUAUGUUGCAAAAUGAAAUUCCUCGAAUUUAUUAUUAAUUGUAAGAGCUCGCUUGUUUACCCCGCCACUCCAAAAUCAUUUGUAGUAAUCGUAGUAUCUCUGUCACAAACUAGAACUAAUUUCUGCAGUAUUACUGCGUUAAUCCAAGUUGCUCUACCAAUCACUUCUAAAUCGCCAGCAACAAUUUAAAUUAAGGUAAAAUUCAACGUUAUUCCGUCAGAUUUAUUACAUAAUACAUAUAGUGUAAUAAAAAUAACAUCCUUGUAGCGAAAAGAUAAACAUAUUGUUAUAAUUUACAAAUAGGAAUAAGUGUUUAGCAUAUGAAUGACUUACAAGCCAAAGGCUAAAUUUGUACAUAAGUAAAUUAAGUAUUGAUACACGCAAACCUACUUAAAAUGUAGGAGAGGUAAGUGAUAUGACGAUUACUUUGUAACCAUUAUAUGUUAAUAUGAAAUAUAAGGAUAUAUUCGUCCUUUCUAUUUUGAUAACACGUUUGAUAAUCUCAUUUUUAAUAACAAGUCGGACACCUGAUAUUUUAAUGAUUACUAGUUUACGUGUCAAUCUUUAUCAUGGUGGGUGCAAACUGUAAAAUGUGACGUUAUCUGGAUAAAGGGACCUUAUUGUCGAUGGCGCUUACGUCCCGCAGCGUCGUAUUUGUACACGAACAUCGCUCAUAACGCCGUAAGCGCCAUCGACAAUAAGGUCCCUUUAUCCAGAUAAUGGCACAAAUAUCUUUAAAACUCCUUUGGAAUUAUCGAUGAUAGAUUGUAGUUUUCUCGAAAAAAUGCUUUUUGGGAAAGGUACAUCUGAGUGGUAUGUAUGAAAAAUACUCCUAGACAUUUAAAUAAUAAAUGUAUUUUGUACUAGUUUCACGUCUCACCCGGGCUCAGGGCUGAGGCUCAUGAAACUUUAUAAAGUCAUAGAUUAAUUAAUUCAGUAGGUAUAAGUGGUGUCAUAUGGAUAUAUGUGUCCAUAGGGGCGGGUGCUAGUAUAGUUAAGUACUAGCGUAUGCACCCGACUACUUUAGACACGGGUAGCUGUUUAUACAUAUUUAGAAAUGGUAUUGACAGCAUACUUUUACAUACCUAUGUCUAUAUGUGACUUUGAAACACUAUGAAUGUAUUAAAUUGUUAUACUUAGGUAAAUAUUAUACUUAAUUUUAUUUUCUGUUUAAUAUUUUCCAAGCAAAAAUAAAAGGGUGUUAUAUAUGUUAUAGAGAUAAAUUUCACCAAAAUAAAUAUGGUGACAAUAAUAUAUCAGUGUAAAUAAUUAGUUUUAAUCAUGAGUUGAUGACGUAUGUUACAUUACAUUGUAAAUAACAGACUUUUAGUUUGCGGUAUGCUAGGUUAUGCUAGCAUGGCGCAGUUUUGGCUUCUCAAACUUAGUACCCACACAAUUAUAUUACCGUAAAUAAUCCUACGGAGGAAUGUAAUCUCAGUUCAGAAAAAUACUUGGUUAAAGUUUAAAUCUUAAAUAAAAUGGAAAACAUAAAAGUGAGUAUAUGCAAAAUGGAACUUACCUUAUAUCCAAAUGUCAAUUCAAAAAUUCACUUUGGUAUUUUAAAUGAAGCCGUUUUUUUUAUAUGCCUGACUUGCCAGAGACAAAUUUGUCUUGAAUAGGGCAUUUUCGGAAGUCAGAAACAUCUGUUUAAACAGGCAACAUAUACAAUUUUAAAAUUCUAAAACUUCUUUCUUCCAGUUAUAAUUUCUUUUUGACGAAUAUUACAAGGUUUAAAAAAAUAUUUCAAAAAUCAACGUUAGUUCCUCCAAUCGGGUAAACCAGGUGAACGAAUCAAAAUGAUGUUUUUCGCUAUCUUUUAAUUGUGCAUUUACGUCGUGACAUCGCGCAAAAAUGUAACACAUAAAGUAUCACAGGGUGUUUUAAUCUAAGAUAGGAUUAGGAUGGUAACUAAAUGAACAGAUGGUUUCAGAGAGGCAAAAUAAAGUUACGAAGCACUAAGUGAUGCAUUUACGUUUUUACUCAAACAAUUGUUAAAUAUGUUUAUGUGUACAUUUUCGUAUCUCUUAGAAAUAAGUAAAAGUCAACUAUUACAAUACCGAAAUAAUAAUUGUUUAUGAGAAGAUUUCUCGUUACAAGGGGUCAUCGAUGGUUAUGUUAAGGUACAGACAGCGCCAGAAGUAGGUACAAACUUAGUGGAAGAAAUGCUCAGAUGGCAAAAUUGUUGCAAAUCGGAAUUUCCAGAUAUGAUCCACGAGCAUAGCGAGUGGCUCGAAAAGCAAAGGUUUCAGAUAUUCACUUGGCAGCCAAUUACCAUCAAACUACCACUCUCGUGGAUGAAAUGUAACUUUCUCAUCUAGUUUCGAACGAUCAAGAGGAAUGAGUUCCAUAAAAACAUUUUUGAGCACUCUUCUACAGCCACUACUACCGCUGCUGACUGUACCACCAAUAAAACCAUUUUCACAUUAUCCGAUCCGGUAUCGGAUGUAGGACGGAUUUCAAAGGCAAGAAUCAAAGAUGGCGCCUUUAAUGUAUAGGAGAUCAGUCCUACAUCCGAUAUCGGAUCGGAUAAUUUGAAAACGCACUAACGCCGUUACUUUGUGAUAUAUUUAUUAAUUAACGAUACAUUCCGCCCCCGAUUGUUUGCUAGAAGUUUAAGUGAAGAUAUUAACACCACUUUAAAAGUAAUCUUAUUGAAAGAAUGUCUCUUAUAUUUAAAAAAGAAAGUCGUCUAGACAGUCUGAUUUAUUUAAGAACGAGAGCUAAGCUUUCUCAAUGGCGAAAAUUUGUUCUAAAAAAGUUGGACAUUCAGCAUACUCAUAGGUUUAAGGCGCAACACAUGAGAUAAUUCCCACAUCUAUAAAUAACUUUAGAAAUAAUUUUAUGCUGGUUAUGCAUACCUAUAGUAUGUUUUAAAUUUUAAUUUUGAUUUUUUUGUGAUUGUUACUAAGAUGAUUUUACGUGUAGUUAAGGGAAAGAGUAUAAUACCUAUAGAGUGCUGUGAUAGAUGCUUGGAAAGCUAUAGAAUGAAGAACUAAAGAUGGCGGUUACUUUUAUUAAAAUUCUAAUAUUUGUAUAAGUUUAUUCCACCGUGAGACUAGGCCAUUUACGUGCACAGAUUUUAAGCUCAGGGAUAAUGUAAACUUCACUUGUCCCAACACUUUUCGUGCCAAAAUUCAGUAUUAUGUUUGUCGAUUCGGCCAAAUUCAUGUGUUUAGGUUUAACUUUAGGUAAAAAAAAAUACGGCUUGGGCACCAGUGCCUCCUGGGUCCAAAGUCGUCAGAUUUAUUAUAUUGAACAUUAAAAAAUAGAAUUUAUUCGAAC